AUGGCGACGAGUUUUGUGGCUCCGGUGAACUUGAGCCAGGUGGGAGCUCCAUCUCUUGCUCGCUCCAGGCCGUUAGAGGUGAAGCCAACUGCACAGCUGUCGGGUGCAUCGGGUGCAUGGAGUUCCCAUGCGUGGUGCGCCUCGUUGAUGUUUGGUGCAGUAGCCACUCUGCAUGCGACCCGCGGUUCUAACAGCGCCCGUGCUGGUCGACGCAGCAGGCUUCCACGCUUUGUGGCCACCCUCGACAAGCCAGGCAUCAUCGAGAGAGAGGACAUCCGCAACAUCGCCAUCAUUGCGCACGUGGAUCACGGGAAGACCACCCUGACGAACGCGCUGAUGAAACAGUGUGGAUUGGAGAAGGUCAAAUCUAUGGAUAGCGACCAGUUGGAACAGGAGCGAGGCAUUACCAUCCUGGCAAAGAAUGCAGCAGUCAGCUACAAGGGCAUCAAGAUCAACAUUGUGGACACGCCCGGGCACGCCGACUUUGGCGCGGAGGUGGAACGUAUUCUGAAUAUGGCGGAUGCCUGCCUCCUGCUAGUGGAUGCAGCGGAAGGACCAAUGCCUCAAACCAAGUUCGUGUUGAGGCAAGCCUUGAAGUUGAAGAAGAAGAUCAUCGUUUGCAUCAACAAGGUUGACAAGCCUGCCUCCCGAGUGGAUUGGGUCUUGGAUACCACCUUCGAUCUCUUCGGCUGCCUCGGUGCGGACGACGAAGCCUGCGACUUUCCCGUGGUCUAUGCUUCUGGUUUCCAGGGCGUCGCAUCCAACGAAGGUCCAGACUCAUUGGAAAAGGACUUGACGCCUUUGCUGGAUACGAUCCUGGAGGAGACCCCUUGUCCAAAGAUCGACAACUCGGCACCUCUUCAGAUGUUGGUGUCGAACUUGGACUACGAUGACUACGUGGGGCGCAUUUGCAUCGGUCGUUUGAUCUCUGGAGACUUGAAAGUGGGUCAGGAGGUUGGCAUCAAGUAUGGUGAGGAUGGAGAGCUUCGGAAGGGGAACGUCACCAAGCUCUGGCAGUUCAACAACAACGACCGAGUUCCAACCGACGUGAUCAAAGCUGGAGACAUCUGCUGCUUCUCUGGCAUUGGCGAGGUGAAGAUCGGAGAUACCGUGGUGGACCUUGAAACGCCCAUGGCCUUGCCUCCCAUCGAGGUGGAGGAACCCACUGUGGCCAUGGAGUUUACCAUCAACAAAUCCCCCUUCGGACUCUCUACCCUUGCCUUCCCGGUCGACUUUCUGGAGGAGUCCACGAAGGUGACGGCUCCGCAGGUCAAGGCGCGAUUAGAGAAAGAAUGCCUCACCAACUUGGCCAUUCGAAUGGAUGGCGGGAGCACGUCAGAGAGCUUCAAAGUGAAGGGCCGUGGCACUUUGCAGUUGGGCAUUUUGAUGGAGAACAUGCGCCGCGAGGGUUUUGAGUUCAUGGUUUCCGCGCCCGAAGUUUUGCUCCGUGAAAAUCCUGACACUGGAAAGCAAGAGGAACCCUACGAGGAAGUGGUCAUUGACGUGCCGAACGACUUCCAAGGUGUCAUCAUGGAGGAGAUGCAAAGGAAGCAGGGUGUGCUGCAAAGCAUGGAGGCGGGCGCUGUGGAAAAUUCCACUGUCCUCACCUUCGAAAUCCCAACGCGCUGUACUAUUGGCUUGCCGGGCAAGUUUGCGCAGAGGACCUCAGGUAGCGCGGUGAUGUCGUCCCAGUUCUCGCAUUGGGGACCGUUUGAUGGAAGUGAAGUGAAGAUUCGAGAAAAGGGCUCCAUUGCCACCACAGCCACAGGGAAGGCAACCUACUAUAGUCUCUUAAACUUCCAGCUGAAGGGCCGUUUCUUCGUUGAGCACGCUGAAGAAGUCUAUGCUGGACAAGUGAUCGGGAUGCACAACCGGGAGACGGACCUGACAGUCAACAUCACCAAGGAGAAGGCUGUGAGUAACGUGCGCGCGGCGUGCGCGCAGGUCACGGAGAAUCUGAACGGGAAAAUUCAGAUGAGCAUCGACGACUGGUUGGGUUUCAUGGACACGGACGAGGUCCUGGAGGUGACACCUCUGGAGUGUCGAUUGGCCAAGAAGACAGCCAUGAAGAUGAAGUGA